CCCCUGACAGUAGUUGGUUUAAGCGAGCCGGAGUAUUUCGAAUCCAAAGGAUCGGAACGUCCUCGACGAAUCGUGGAUUAGGCAGCAGACGAUGAUAGCACCAGGCGCCCCAGUACACGACACCCACGGUAUCCAACUACCCUCUAGGUAUGAAAUUCGUCUAAUAACGCCCGACCUCUCCAGGUGGGUCUCGGCCUUCUCAUACUACUCCCACUUCUUCGGAUCGCCCAUAUGGAGCGCCAUAUACGAAGGGCGCCAGGCGAGCGAGGCAUUGAAGGCGCAUCAUGUUUGUGAAGGCUUUUACGAGAUGCCCGAGAUGGUAGCUAAGAACGGGCUCUCUUAUUGCAUUUGGGAUAAGGAGUUUGUCUUCAAGCGACCCGAGUCUGCUGCUAAGGGCGGCACAUGUUACUGGGACGACUUCGACCUCGAUGAUCCCGAGCUGAACAAUGGCGGGCGACAGAAAUUACUUGACGCUUUGGAUUUUCCUCUCGUGGGCUUCGGGUUAUCAUAUGACAAGUUCCUCCCGGGCGAUAAGAAGGAAUGGGAUGCCGCUAACAAUGCUCUCCCUUUAAAUGGGCCAAUGGGGAAGUACUUCGAAGAUCACGAUCCGCGCCCGAAAGGAUCGUGGGAACCCACAGCGGCGGGUCAAGUUAUCGAGAGAGUUGGCACAGGUACGAGAGAUGGCUACCAUGGCCAAGGGCUCAUGAAAGCGCUGGCGAGAUUCAUUAUGCUUGAGAUGAAAUCCAAGGGAUUCCGAGGAAUCCAGAUCAACUGUGGGGCGCCGCAGCUUCACCAUGUGUGGUCUAACCCCCCGAAACCAUUUAGGAGUUCCACGGUAGCAGCUUUCCCUACGUGGAUAUAUGAGACGGAGGAGGAUGGAAAGAAGGUCCGGCCUUAUGAGAAGUCGAAGCUGGGGAAUCUGUAUCUGGUAUGGACGGAAUUGCUGGAUUAGAACUGUGCGCUUCUGGUGAUUUGCUAUCUAUAUGAUAUCAUGGAUGACAUAUGAUUGGUCGGUGCCGUGAAAGGUCAUGACUAUUAGCAUUAAUUGAUAGGCGUGGUUUAUCCAGUGUUUGUAAUACAUAGAUUCGCCUCAGUGGGAGUUUGGUUUUAUAUUGUCUUUCUGCAGCCGUCUUGCCUGGCGUUAGGAAGCACUCGAAAAGGUCGAUUGUAUGCGACUG